UUAAUUUUAACCCUUUGUGAAUUAAAAUGGCGGACAUUCCAAUGGAAGAAGGAACUGAGCAAAUCGUUACUGGUGGAGGGAGUAGUGGUUCUGUGAGUAUCUCCAUCCACCCUCUAGUUGUAAUGAAUGUAUCUGAUCACUUUACGCGUGUUAAAGUUCAAAAUGACACCAAUAUUAGAGUAUUUGGUGCACUCUUGGGCCGUCAGAAAGGACGCAGUGUUGAGAUAUGCAAUUCGUACGAGUUAGUAGUUGAUACCACCAAAGAGAAUAAACUGGUACUUGAUAGAGAAUAUUUCCUGUCGAAAGAAGAACAAUUUAAACAAGUAUUUGCUGAUAUGGAGUUUGUGGGUUGGUACACAACUGGAGACACACCCUCAACUGAUGACAUUGAUUUACAUGAGCAGAUAUGUCAUGAUAGAGAGAAUAGUCUUCUUUUAAAGCUAAAUGCAUCAGCCAGAACUGAUCAGCUCCCAUUGACAAUUUAUGAGUCCCUUAUUGAAAUGGUAGAAGGAAAGACUAAACUGGUUUUUUCCGGUUUGCCAUACACACUCGCAACUGAAGAGGCUGAGAGGAUAGGAGUGGAUCAUAUUGCUAGAGUCUCUGUUACUGGAUCUGCCGAGACUUCAGCCGUUGCUGAGCAAUUAAGUGGAAUGUAUGGAGCAGUCAAAAUGUUAUACACAAGAGUUAGACUAAUCGUCGAUUAUCUUAGAUCCGUUAGAUCUGGAGAACUAGCUCCUAAUAAUGCUAUCCUGAGAGACAUCUCUAGUCUAUGCAAUCAGCUACCAGUCCUUGAUAAUCAACUCUUUGAGAAGAGCUUUCAAGAUCAAACUAGUGAAGUACUGCUGGUGGCAUAUUUAGCUUCAAUCACGAAAGGACUGGGUACAGCUAAUGAGUUUAUAUCAAAAGUGAAUGUGGUUCACAAUAGACACGGGAUGGCAAGAAGAAGCAAAGGGUUGCCAUUCUAACUGAGUAUUAUAAUCUUUCAUUUUGUGUCUCAACUUCAUUUUGAUUUGUCUUGUUUCCUUGUUUUGUUUGAGUUGUAGCUUCCAAUUAUUAUGAACAUGAAGUGAUACAU